CGGCUGUUUGAAAAAAAAAGUAAAAAUAGAAGGUCCUCAUUUCAUGUGUAAUUUGCAGAAAUUUUGAGAUGUUAUACCACAAAGGAAGUGUUGUUCUUACCGAAGAUCCCUUUGUCCAUGUUCUAAUGCAAAGUGAAAGGGAACAACGGUGUGAUGAGUGCCUCGAAAUGUGUGAUAAACUGCUCAGAUGUACAGCAUGUAAGAUGUUAUAUUACUGUGGGACAAAAUGUCAGAAAAAGAAUUGGAAACUUCAUAAAGAGGAGUGUCCAUUACUGAAGAAUUGUGCUCCUAAAGUACCCACUGAUAGCGUGCGACUGCUUUUCAAACUCAUUCAAAAGUUCAAGAUUAAUAACCCCAAGGAUGUUGGAAUCAAUGGAAAUACAGAGACUCGUCUUAAAGAUCUAAUGUCCCAUGCUAGUGAAAUCAAAGAAGAUGUAAAACGAAAUGAGGAAUUUGCAAAGAUCUGUUACACACUGUCCAAAUUCAUAGAUGGGAAGAAGUUUGAACUUCCACCACUUGCAGAUGUUCUAGAUUUAUUUGGAAAAAUGUGCAUUAACAGCUUUACGAUUUGUGAUGGGGAAAUGCAAGCUAUUGGAGUUGGAAUAUACAUGAAUGGGUCUCGACUCAACCACUCCUGUCUGCCAAAUGCUGUAGCUGUAUUUUCUGGCAAACAAUUAACUGUUCGGUCAACUACAGAUAUAGAUGCUGAUGAAGAGAUCUUGAUCAGUUACAUAGAACAAUUAGGUCCAAGUGCUGAGAGACAGAGAUAUCUUAAGUCUAGUUACUAUUUUGACUGUACAUGCCCAAGAUGCCGAGAUAAAGAUUUGGAUGGAAAGAUGCUGGCAUGCAAGUGCCCAGGGCUGAACUGUGAGGUACCUAUUACUACACAAGGUGCCUUAAGUUGCCCAGCAUGCAACGCUGAUCUGUCUGCCACCUAUUGGGAUGAACAGGAACAAGCUGCAUUGAAGGCCAAGCAGUUGAUCGCAAAAUCUGAACGUUUGCGAAAACAAAGAGAUUGGGACAGUUUGAUAAACUUUGACAAUGAUCCACUUGUCAGGAGGCUUCUGCACGAGACCAAUGUAUACAGGGUGACACUCCAGAUGUCUGCCAUGGAUGGAUAUAUCAACCUAGAACAAUGGGACAAGGCUGUAGAAAGUGCAAGAUUUUUGGCACAACCUGUAAUGUCUUACUACCCUCCCAACAGCCCAAUGAUUGGAGUGCAUUUGAUGAAGCUAGGGAAGCUGGAACUGUACAUCAAACAGAACAAGUCAGCCUUGCAACAUCUCCAGCAGGCAGAGACAAUAUUGAAGGUAUCUCAUGGUGUCAACCACACACUCUACAAGGAUCUCACAUCUCUCUUGGACCAAUGCAUGGAGGAACUCAGAGUCACACUCGACCAAUCAUGA